ACUUGUGGAUUAUAUGAGACACGGUCAAUAUGGGUGGCAGAUUAAGCUACCCAACAGUAUAUAGAGUGGUUAAAAGGAGCUCCAUCUGAAUCAGCUUCAACUUUUAUAUGCUGCUUGCACAAUGUUUCAUUAUUAUUUUAAUAACAUGGUAACACUGAAUGGGUCAUUUUCCAAAAGGUGUACAGUAGUAGGACUCUAUUGUAAUAGUGUGUUUAUGCUGUGGUGUUGCUUCUUUUACUUAAAAGUUCUCAAUUGUCCUUGCACAGCUGAUCACGGUGGACCAUUAGAAAAAGUUUUCAGGGUGGUGAAAUGAGACGUUCAAGUACGCCAAGUUUUUGCAUUAAGGGGGCGUGGGACACGAGACGGGACGUGACGUCGGAUUCUGCAGCACAUAAACAUACCACCCAACUCAUGCGCCAUCUUGUAGCUAGGAACCGACCAGAAUAAAACAUUGUUUAAAACCUCAUUGCAGUUUAAUUUCUAUCGAAAUACUGCGUUGUAUUAUAUAUACUGAGAAAUGAGUGACAUUGAAGAUGGAAAUUACGGAGGACGGGUUAUUGAUCGUGAAGGAUUUGAAGAGUUUUAUCCAAGAAUGAUGAAGAAAAUUUUCAAGAUAAAAGAAGGCUAAUGAAAACAUGUACAGAGCAGAACAUAGAAGGUGGAAAGGGAGGAAAUGUGACGGAAGAAUGGUGUCAGAUAGAAGCGCUUGCAGUGUAAAGGCUAAAAUGAAACUGGUUUCAGUUUGGGUGAAGAGAGGAAAAACAGACCUGGAAUCAGAAAAUGAGAAAACUGAAAAAAGAAGAAUGAAGAAGGAUAGAAAUCCUGAGAGAAGGGGGUAGCGUGUAAAGAAUCUGGAAGAAUGAAUGUGUCCCUAGGGGUCACGCUCCCCAUCUAAAUCGGAUCGUGGAAGUCCAGCUCGGGUCAAGUCAGAGAGCAGGUCCGGCUCCCCGAGCCCAUCCCGGGCCUCCAAGCGCUCUGAGUCCAGAUCCCGCUCUCGGUCAAAAUCUAGGUCUCGCUCAAGGCGGCACUCAAACCGCCGCUAUAGCCGUUCACGCUCUCGGUCCUAUUCCCACCGGAAGAAGUCCCGCUCUCGUUCGUACAGCCCCGAGUACCGCCGCAGGAGGAGCCAGAGCACUUCCCCUAUGUCAAACCGGCGGCGUCACACCGGCAGCAGGAGCCAUGACUUCACUAAAGAAGCAUGCAGUCAUGGCGGUGAUGCUGAUGUUAGGGCAAACCCUGACCCCAGCACAUGUUUGGGAGUGUUUGGCUUGAGCCUGUACACCACAGAGCGUGACCUGAGGGAGGUGUUUUCACGCUAUGGUCCUCUGGCAGGAGUCAAUGUGGUGUACGACCAGCGCACGGGUCGCUCCCGUGGCUUUGCCUUUGUAUACUUCGAGAGAAUUGACGAUUCCAAAGAGGCAAUGGAGCGAGCCAAUGGCAUGGAGCUGGACGGAAGGCGCAUCAGAGUGGAUUAUUCCAUUACCAAACGACCUCAUACCCCCACACCAGGAAUCUACAUGGGCCGACCAACUCACAAUGGUGGCGGCGGAGGUGGUGGUGGUGGUGGUGGCGGCGGCGGUAGCAGCAGGAGGGGGAGAGACUCGUAUUAUGAUCGUGGCUAUGACCGCUAUGACAGAUACGACGAGUAUGACUAUAGGUAUAGUCGCCGCCGCUCUCCGUCACCCUACUACAGUCGAUACAGGUCUCGCUCAAGGUCUCGCUCCUACAGCCCACGACGAUACUAAGUUGCUUCUUUCAACGAUCAGCUUCCUUCCAAUAAUUGAUGGUGUGUGAUUCAUCAAGGUGUUUCUAAGAGGAACAUUUUGAAUUAGCAUGUCUAUAUCAACAGAACUCCUAAGUUUCAGAUAGUUCUUGUUUACAUGCGAUAGAUGUCUUGAUUUUUUUUUAGACGUUAUAAUGCAUCUGUGAGUAUGAGCAACAAAGUCAGCAACUGUUACUGUUGCUUCAUUAGGGACUUGCAUCUUUCCCUCCCUUUUAAUUGCCUGCAGCAAUGACACCUUUGUCAAAAGAGGGUGAUUGAGAUUUAUUGCACUGAUCACUAUUUACGUGGUCCUGGUAAUGAUGGGGACAGAAAACUGUGUUUUAGUAAAUAAUGGUGACACUUAAUUUUACAACCUGUAACUAUUGUAUGCUAUAAGUAACUAUUAAGAAUACCCUCGAAAGAUAACGGAUUAAUCUCAUUGUUAACCUAGAAGUAACUGAGUUUGCUGGUAAGUAGCAGGUAAACCGGGCUGUAAAAGUAAGUGUUACUACCAAUCAGUUGUUUGUUCUCUGCUCACAUUCAAAGUCGCUGGAGGGUUUUUUUUGUUUUGUUUUGUUUUUUUUAAGUCAUUUGCAUUUCUCCAGAGUUUUAUUAUCAUGUAUUACAUUUUUUUUUUUUUUAUUGUUGUUUGUUAUGGAAAUACAACUACAUGAAAACUCCAAA